CACAUAACAUCCUGCUGAUAAGGAAAGUGCCACGCCUCUAUCACGGACAUUUAAAGCUGCUGCUACUGCAUCGUCACGUCAUCCAGACUAGAGAGCUGAAGCUGGAGCGACUGUAACCAGAGAGCAACAUCAAGAGGAAACAUCUGCUCGACUAAGUCAUCUUCAGAAAACGACUCAGAGGAAGAAACAGUAGAAAGAUGAGUGCUGCUCAGAGUCAAACCACACUGGAGUCCCUGCAGUGCCACUUCACCUGGGACCUGGACCGCAGCAGGCCGAAACUUUUACGUCUCACGCACAAGAUGGAGGACUUCAGCAAAGAGAAGGGAAAUAGAUGGCUGGGCCACAUUUACAACCUGUGGGGGUUCAUUCAGUAUAAACUGGGGUUAAAUGAAGAGGCUAACAGUUUGUUCCAGAAGGCUACGGAGGCACUCAACAAGCUGAGAAAGGCAGAUGAGGGUCCUUGGUUAGUGGUGAACUACGGGAACCUGGCCUGGCUGCACCACCACCUGGGAGAUCAAGCAGAGAGUCAGGCUUACCUGUCAAAGGUUGAUGCCCUGAUGGAAAAAGACCCAUCUGCAACCCAGGACGACCUCCAUCCAGAGAUCUGCGCUGAAAAGGCCUGGACCCUGAUGUUCUUCGGAGAGGAUAAGAAGCUGGUUGUUGAUUACUACAAGAAAGCUGCCAGGAUGCAGCCGAAAAUGGUGGAUUGGAACACCAGCUAUGUCAUAUGGUUAAAGAAGGUCAAAAACUUCAGUGACACAAGGCUGGACCCUGACCUUUUGGAGAAAAUGAGACAAGCCAAGGAACGGGAUCCAAAGAACUUGUACCUCGCUGCGCUCUACCUUGAACAACGUGCUAAUAAAAGAGAAAACAUUCGAGAUGAAGUCUGUGAGUUGGCUGAAAAUGUGAGCAGUAACCGCAGUAACUGCAGUAACAGUGGCAUGUGGGCCUUACUAAACCUUUACAUAGAACACAUAUCUGUUGAUGAGGCCGUUAAAUUAGCAGAGAAAGUUCUGAAAGAACAUCCAGAUGUGCGUUAUCUGAAGAAAUUU